CACGGCCCCAAAUUGUCAGUCUGGUUGUCAAUAGAUCUGAUGAAUCCAUAGUUUUUCGGAGAUGAUUUUAAGCAAUUCGAUAAUUUCAUAUCUAUAAUGUACACUUUAUUAAGUGGAUUGUACAAGUAUUUAGUCCAGAAAGAUGAGUAUUUUAUACUUAUACUAGGAUUAGAUAAUGCUGGAAAAACGACCUACUUAGAAGCAGCUAAAACUAAAUUCACAAAAAAUUAUAAGGGAAUGAAUCCCAGCAAAAUAACUACCACUGUAGGAUUAAAUAUUGGAAAAAUUGACAUAGCUAAUGUGAGACUUAAUUUUUGGGAUCUUGGUGGCCAAGAAGAAUUACAGUCCCUGUGGGACAAGUAUUAUGCUGAAUCACAUGCAGUUAUUUACAUUGUUGAUUCAUCAGACAGAGAUAGAAUACCUGUUUCAAAAGAGACUUUUGAUAGAGUUAUUUCAUCAGAGCAUUUGCAAGGAGUUCCAUUAUUAGUAUUAGCUAACAAACAAGAUAUUCCUGAUUGCAUGGGUGUGCGAGAGGUAAAGCCAAUAUUCAAUCAAAAUGCUCAUUUAAUUGGAAGAAGAGAUUGUAUGGUUAUGCCUGUUUCUGCAAUUAAUGGUGAAGGAGUAGAUGAAGGGAUUCAUUGGUUAGUUGAUUGCAUCAAAAGAAAUAGUGAAAUACGGCCUCCUCGAAAUCAGGACAAUAAUUGCUUAACAUGAAAAUCAUUUUGCAUUCCAUUACUAAUUAAUUGCAUAGUCUAUAAGGUUCACUGUAUUUUUUACUUAUUAUAGAGAUAUAUUUGUACCUAAAAUACAAUUUGUU